UAUGCUUUAUCAAUUAGUGAAGCAAAGUGCAGAUUCCAAAUUAAUUUUUACUUGCAACUCUUAAUCACUGUAUCUAUAAAAUUCCCCAGGCAUUGCCUUUAUCAUCUACACACACUCACAGAGAGAAAUAUAUAUCGGCCAAGAAUGGCUAAAGAAAUAACAAUCUCGACAUCAGGGAUGGCUUUUUUCGACGAAAUGAGUGAUCCAUACGCAAAAGUGAUGGAAAACGACGCUCAGGGGCUGCAGAGAAUCUACGAGAAUAACCGCAACUCAUUGUUCGAUAGAAUCAACGCUUGCGGAGACACCAUUUUCCACAUCGCGGCUUACAACGGACGCGAUGAAUCGCUCCAAGUGAUGCUCAAAAUGGUGCCGCAGUCCAGGAAGCGUGAGCUGAUGAUGAUGAAGAACGGUUUCGGGAACACGAUUCUCCACGAGGUGGCCACCACUACCAAUGUAAGAGCUUCUGAUUUGUUGAUCACAGAGCUGUCGUUGUUCCAUGAGAACGAUAUUCGUCAAAGGGAAGAGAUAUUGGCGGCUCGAAACAAAUUGGGCGAAACCCCGUUGUUCAGGGCCGCUGAAUAUAGCAACAAGACGAUGGUGGUGUAUUUAGCGACGGAGAUCGAACGAGCCGGGAAUCUUAUGAGUCAUUAUAAAAGGAACGACGGGACCUCCAUUCUUCAUAUUGCUGUGAUCGGCCAACACUUUGAUACUGCUAUUUGGUUUCUAAAGAAAGAUCCACAGCUUGCAACUUACAGAGACAAGUAUGGAAAAACAAGCCUUCAUGUCCUAGCUGGCAUGUCCUCUGCUUUUAAGAGCAGCUCCCCUAUUCAAGGAAUAUUCAAGGGGUCUUUCUACAAUUGCCUUCAUAGUGGUGCAUGUCAUGAGGAUGAGACUGAUGAGCUUCCAUUGAAUCUGCAAAGCAAAGAUUUAAAGCAGGGUAGGCCAAGUAAAGCUCUAAACCAGUCAGAGCUCUGUAAAGUCAGAUACGAUGAUCAUAUAUGCUCGAGCCUCUCUGUGUGUAGGAUGGAAAAUGAUUGA